GGGCAUUCCUCAUUUUCUUUUUAGUUGCCAGUCGAGUAAGAUCAGAAAUCCCACAAAAUUACAGUCAGCUAAAAAUUGUUCACAAAAUUUGCUCUAAAAUUAUUGAGAGUAUUAGAGGUAAAAACGAUGCAGCCCCAAAGGGAUAUGUGCAAAUGUUUGCUCAACAUAACGCGUUGCGUGCAGCAGACUUGCGCCUACAGCACCAGACGUCAUUUCCUGGCCAUGCAGGCCCUGAACGCCCGAAGGAUCCGCGAGUCGAAUGCACCCGAAAAGGAGGUGGACGCUACCGCCGGCAGUGACGGGCGUGGGAUCCAAGCGGGCGACCGCCUCCCAACGGCCGUGAGUCUGGUUCGACGCAACCUGCCGGGAUCGGCUAGGAACGAGCUGAACACUGCAUUCCACCAGUACGGGAAGUCGAUGACCGACUUGGCCAAAAGCGCCCGCAAGAUGUACAAGACCGCUCGACUGAGGAGCGUUGCUCCACAGCCAUCGGUGAUGGAGAAAGUCAACUGCCUGGGCUUGGGUCCUAUAAAGUCCCAAGAGCAAAGCACUUGUGCUAUAACCGAGCGCCUGACCAAGCUGUUCUUCCAGGACCCCUGGGACUUCCCGAAGAGUGGGGGUUCAAGCAAGUGAGGCACAGCGCUGGGGCUUCCAAAUCGUAUACUAAGGAUCUCAUUUAAGCGGUAGCUCUAAGACAUUACAAGAAACGCGAAUGUUUGUAACUUUGUAACGUUUUUUAAAUACAAUGUCUAGUUACCAGCAA